AUGGAGCAUCACAGGCCGCACGAUUCGUCUGCAUUUGAAGGGUAUUACAGCAAGUUUGAUCUCCCAUCCGGCGCUCAUCUUGCAGUCAUCUGCUCUAAAAUCAGGCAUGCCAAACAAAAGCCCAAUAUGCUUUCUUUCACCUACGUACCAGCCAACUCGACACCGCCCUUUCAGAGGGAAGUCUGGCCAGAAAGCUUGCAAAUGGUCUCGACCAGCCAGGGCUUUCGAGUCAAUGUGCCUGGCAUUGGCUUUAUCGACUGGCGCAAUGACAACAUCACCGAAUACAACCUACAGCAUCCAGAAUUCAGCUUGAAAGCGAGAUCGACGACUCGCACGCCCUGGUCAGAGACCACGAGCACACCAGAAGGUCUCUUCGUGCAUUUGCCUUUACCAUUGCAUUGGCAUGUUCAGUCCUUGAGCUCUCAAUGCGACUUCAAUCUAAGCAUUCCUCAUUAUGAUCUGUCUAUUGAAGACUCACAAGGGCAAGCGACUGUGCACGACGAGAAGAAUUGGGCCAGGUCGUUUCCAUCAGCGCAUAUGUGGCUACAGGCUCGGGACGGCGAGAAGAGUUUCUGCUGUGCCGGAGGUCAAAUUCUUGGCAUGGAGGCAUUCCUGCUGGGAUACCGCAGCGGAGAUAUGAGUAUCGACUUCCGCCCUCCCUUCUCGCUGCGACUGGCCGGUCUUAGUCCAUUCAUGGCAUAUGAAACCGACUGGGACUCCGGCAAAUUUUCGCUACAGAUACAGAGCUUUCGCCAGAAGUUGGUUGUCUCGGCGCAAGCUCCGAAGGGUACUUACUUUUCCCUAAGUUCACCCUUCGUGGAAGGCCACAGGGAAAACUAUUUGGGACAGAGUUUCCAGGCGACCAUUGAAGUGAAAAUUUUCGAAGGCGGCUGGUUCAGCGACUGGAAGCUGGUCCAGCAGGAUGUGUUUCACGGCGCAAGUCUUGAGUUCGGCGGAACGUACUAUCCACCAAGAGGCAGCGACCAGAGGUUUCACUGA